AUGAGUAAUUUCAAUUACGAUAAUUUGGUUAUAGGUGCAACUACGGCCCCUUUGCCAUCAUCGUCAUCAUCGAAUUUGAAUAAUUUUUCACCAUUUGAUCAACAACAAUUGCAUACUAUGGCAAACGCACAGAACUUUGGUGGUGCUGAUCGUCAGCGUGACUUUGAUGAUGACACUUCAUAUCAUGAUCACGAACUUGGAUUGGCACAUACUGCUAAUGUUGGUGCGUUAGUUGACAGUGACGACGGAGAAGAACAAGAACAAGAACAAGAACAAGAAGGAGGAUUGGAAGCUGCGCAACACCAUGAACAUGCUUGUGCUUAUUGUGGAGUACACACCCCCAAUUCAGUUAUCAAGUGCAACACUUGUAACAAAUGGUUUUGUAAUUCGAAAUCCAACUCCAAUAGUUCUCAUAUUGUCACCCAUUUGGUCAUGUCUCGCCACAAUCAGGUCAGUUUACAUGAAGAGUCUGAUUUAGGUGACACCACUUUGGAAUGUUACAAUUGUGGUAACAAGAAUGUUUUCAUGUUGGGGUUUGUUUCUGCUAAACAAGAAUCAGUGGUUGUUAUCUUGUGCCGAUUGCCAUGUGCCAGAUCAAAAGAUAUUAAUUGGGAUACUAGCCAUUGGCAAGCCUUGAUUGAGGAUCGCCAGUUCUUGUCAUGGUUGGCACCUCCACCAACAGAAGAUGCAUUGAUCAAUUCGGUAAUGAUUACACCUCAGCAAAUUACCAAAUUGGAGGCACAAUGGAGAUUGAAUAGAAAUGCCACCAUCAAUGAUAUUGAAAAUACCGAUAAAAAGGAAGAGGAAGUGUUGCCAAUUUUGAUGAGAUACACCGAUGGGUUUCAGUAUCAACAAUCAUUUGGACCAUUGGUGAAAUUGGAAGCUGAUUGUGACAAGAAUUUAAAGGAAUCGCAAGCCUUGGAACAUAUACAAGUGAAGUGGGCAUUGGGGUUGAAUAAUAGGCACUUGGCGUCUUUUACUCUUUCAACUUUUGAAACGACUGAUUUAAAAGUUGCGGUUGGUGAUGAGAUCAUUUUGAGGUAUAGUGGUAGUCAAGGUGACGCUUGGCAAGGACAAGGUUAUAUUCUCCGAUUGCCCAAUUCAUACCAAGAGGAAUUUACUUUGGAGUUGAACCCAUCAAAAAUAGCUCCCCCCACUCAUUUAACCACUGAUUUCACUGCUGAAUUUGUUUGGAAGGGGACGUCGUAUGACCGUAUGCAACAAGCCAUGAAGGACUUUGCUAUUGAUGAUGAAUCGGUCUCGUCAUUUAUUUACCAUAAGCUAUUGGGGCAUGAUGUUGCCCCAGUCGAAUUUGAUAUUGAGUUGCCCAAGAGAUUUUCUCAUCCUAAAUUGACUGAGUUGAAUAUAUCACAAGCCAAUGCCGUUAGAUCAGUUUUGCAACGACCAUUAUCAUUGAUUCAAGGCCCUCCAGGUACGGGUAAAACUGUCACCUCAGCAACCAUUGUUUACCAUUUGUCCAAGUUGAACAAGGAGAAAAUCUUGGUUUGUGCUCCAUCUAAUGUUGCUGUUGAUCAUUUGGCUGCCAAAUUGGAUUUAUUGGGUUUGAAAGUUGUCCGAUUAACGGCAAAAUCAAGAGAAGAUGUCGAAAGUUCAGUGGGUCAUUUGGCUUUACACAAUAUCGUCAACAAGACAAGCAAAGGUGAGUUGAAGAAGCUAAUAAAGUUGAAGAAUGAAGUUGGUGAGUUAUCGUCUGAAGAUUCCAAGAAAUACAUUAAACAUUUACGUUCAUCAGAAUUGAAGAUUUUAAACAAAUGUGAUGUUGUUUGUUGUACUUGUGUUGGUGCUGCUGAUAAACGAUUAUCACAGUUUAAGUUUAGAACAGUAUUGGUUGAUGAAAGUACUCAAGCUUCAGAACCAGAAGUUCUUAUCCCUAUAGUGAAAGGAGCCAAACAAGUUAUUCUUGUUGGUGAUCACCAGCAGUUGGGACCGGUGAUUUUGGAUAGGAAAGCCGCUGAUGCCGGAUUGAAGCAGUCACUUUUUGAACGGUUGGUUUUUCUUGGACAUAUCCCCAUUAGAUUAGAGGUGCAAUAUAGAAUGCAUCCAUGCUUAUCGGAAUUCCCCAGUAACAUGUUUUAUGAAGGUUCAUUACAAGAUGGAGUCACCAAUGCUGAUCGAUUAGUGGCUGAUUCAUCAUUUCCAUGGCCAGUUGUUGAUACUCCAAUGAUGUUUUGGGCCAAUUAUGGCCGUGAAGAAUUGAGUAGUAGUGGGAAUUCCUAUUUGAAUAGAGUUGAAGCCAUGAAUGUGGAAAGAAUCAUUACCCGGUUGUUCAAAGAUGGCAUCAAACCCGAGCAAAUUGGUGUUAUUACCCCAUAUGAAGGACAGCGAGCUUACUUGGUGCAGUUUAUGUCAAUGAAUUCAACAUUAUUGAGUAAGCGUGAUGAAUAUCUUGAAGUUGAAAUUACUAGUGUUGAUGCAUUCCAAGGCCGUGAAAAGGAUUUCAUUAUUCUUAGUUGUGUUCGUGCUAAUGAUUCACAAAGUAUUGGGUUCUUGAGUGAUCCAAGAAGAUUGAAUGUUGCAUUGACUAGAGCUAAAUAUGGUUUAUUGGUGCUUGGUAACCCUCGUGCGUUGAGUCGUAAUCGGUUGUGGAAUCAUUUAUUGGUUCAUUUUAGAGAAAAGGGAUGUUUGGUGGAUGGUCCAUUGGAUAAUUUACAAUUAUCAAUGGUUCAAUUGAAUAAUUACACCACUGCUAAUCGAAAUUUGAAUAAUCGCGGAGGCGGCGCACAACAAAAGAGGCAAGAUCAUAAAUUUGGCGCUCCUUCGACAACUAAUUUGUCAAUGAGUAACUUCGAUUCCGUGUCCAAUGCAGGCGCUGGUGGUGAUUAUGCAUCAACUCAAGCUGCAAGACUCAAGAACGAACUUUGGCCAGCGCUAAAUGGAGGAGGAGGAGAAGGAGGAGGAGCAGCAGCAGCAGCAGCAGCGCGUGCACAUGGAGGAGGAACCAAUACUGGUGCAGAAGCUUACUACAACGAAGCCAAUUCAAUUAGUGCCAACUUUUAUAGCAAGUUGAACAAAUUGGACAAGAGUUUUGCUAAUGGUGGCAAUCGUUAUGCUAAUGAGAAUAUUGAAGAUGAUAUCAAGAGUAUAACUAGUUCGUUUGCAGCUGGGCUUAAUUUUCGAAUGAGUGAAUGA